AUGGACGAGAAUGUGCGUCUGAGGUGGACAAAUGAAAUUACCAAAUGCUUUUUAGAGACUUGUAUGGAAGAGGUCAAUAAAGUGGUUCGAAAUGGAGGUAGUCUUCGCAAAGAAACUUGGAUGAAGUUGGCAACAAAGUUUGAGGAAGUGUGCUAUGUAAAACUCGUCCAAAAACAAUUGAAAAAUCAGUAUGAUUAUUUGAAGAGAAAGUAUACAGGAUUGACGUACUUAAGGAAUAGAACAGAGAAUAUUUAUGACCCAGAACUGGAUACGUUCACCUUAUCUAAUCAAGAAUGGGAAGAUUUCUUUCAAGCUUUGUUCGAGGGGGUUUCUACUACCGGAUCUCGUGCUUAUGUCCCUACUUCAACCCGUGAGAACUAA